AUGGAAAACUUACAUCCUGCAGAAGAAAUAGUUAAAAAGAUUCUAGAUAAUAUAGAGUAGCAUCAUUAGUUUAUAGAUUAUGUGAAUAAAAAUUCUAAUAAAUAAAAAUAAGGAAUCUGGAUUAAAUAAUACCAUAAAGGAGAAGAACUCAAAAAAAUUACUGAGAAUAUAAUUAGAAUUGUAGAAUUACAAAAUGAAUACAUUCCUAUUAAAUAAAAGUUCCAUCAUAUUUUAGUUCAUAAAUAAUUUGUUCCUAAUCUUUGUGGUUAUCAUGCUACUUAUAAUUUAAUUUAAUGUGUUUAGAGUAUCAAAUAUAAGUAAAUAUAUAUUUAUUAUAUAAGAAUAUCACCAUAGUUUUAUGAUAUAGCAGCAUUUUGGUCUUAUGUCCGUAGAACAUAAGAUUUUUUAAAAUAAUACAGGAACAAUCGUGGUUUAGAUUCUUCUACUUGGCCAUGGAGAAAAGAAGAUAUAGAGAAUGGAGAUUUUGAAAGAACUUAUUUAAAAUGUUGUUUAGAGUCUAAACCACUUUUUAAAUAAACUUUUUAAAAUGAAGUAUUUGAAGGAAUUAAAUAUAUUGUUACAAAUGAUACAAUCUUUUAUUAAUAUGGCAAUAUUGUAAAUGGAUAUAAUGAACGUUAGAAUUUAUAGAAGUAUAUACAUAUUUCAUUAUUUAGAAAAUUCAAUUUAUUUUAAGAGUUUAGACCAAAGGAGGAUGAAGAAAUGAUUUAAACUUAUAUGUUAGGUGUUACUAAUCAUUGGAUAUCUUUUGUUGCCAUCAAAAAUAUUAAAGGAACAUAAUUUAUUGUUAUGGAUUCUAGGAAUAGAGACUUUUUUCUCUGGAAUUAAUAAUAAAUUAAAGAGUUCUUAUAAUAAGAUUAAUUGGAAAGACCAAAAAGAGGAUAGAAACCGUUAAAUUAAUUUUAUUUAGACCUUUAUGAAUAAGGAAUGAAGGAUUUAUAAUAAUUAAUUACUCUUUUAAUAUCAUGGAUAACAGGACAAUCAAAAUUAGAAGCAUAUGUUAGCAAUCAAAAAAUCUAAGUGUUUUUGAAUCCUUUAAUCGAACUUCUUGAAAUUACUUAAGAGAACUAUAUUAAUCUUAGAUUUUGUAAUGAAAAUGCUGAUGAAAUCUAUUAAAUAUUAGCUCUAUGGUCAGAUUAAUAUAGGAUAACAGUUAGAGAAUAUAUAGGAAAUGCAACUUAAAUUACUUAAUUAAAUAAAAUACUCUUUUUAAAGGCUUUAGAAUUAACGAUGGCUGCAUUAGAUUAUCAAACAAGAAGAGGUUUAUGGAAUCAAAAAAAAUAAUCAUCUUUACAUAGAAUGCUAGAAUACUUAUAAUUAGUAAAUAAAUCUUUGUGA